GAUAAAUACGUUUAUCUUCAAGUAAUGAUAAUUUAUGGUGAAGUAAACGAAUUGAAAAAAUAUUGACUUAGUGUUGCCGACAAAGAUUUUAGAAACAUUAUAUGUAUUGCGUAUAACCUCUUUUGUUGUUUAAUUCAUUGAAGAUUGUUACAUUAAUUGAAAUAAGAUGAAGUUUGCAGAACAUCUAUCUGCUCAUAUUACGCCUGAAUGGCGUAAACAAUAUAUUAGUUAUGAGGAAAUGAAGGCUAUGCUCUAUACUGCAGUAGAAGAAGCACCAUCAGCUGAAAGUGUUGAACCAGAAGUUAUAUCUCGACAUUUUGCUUCUUUUGAUGAAGUAUUUUUUACAUUUUGUGAUCGUGAAUUAAAGAAAAUUAAUACAUUUUAUUCUGAAAAAUUGGCAGAAGCUACACGUAAAUAUGCAGCUCUUCAAAAUGAAUUGAAAACAGCAUUAGAAUUACAGCAAGGUGGAGGAAAAAAUAAAGGGAAAGUGAUUGCUAAACCUCAUUUACCAACAAGAAAGUUGAGAGAAUUGAAACUUGCAUUCUCAGAAUUUUACUUAUCUCUUAUACUUCUUCAAAAUUAUCAAAAUCUUAAUUACACUGGUUUUCGAAAGAUUCUUAAAAAACAUGACAAGUUAUUGUCUGUAGAUAGUGGAUCAAAAUGGAGGGUCGAAUGUGUAGAAACUUCACAUUUCUAUACAUCAAAAGAUAUAGACAAACUCAUACAAGAUACAGAAACUACAGUAACAAAUGACUUAGAAGGUGGAGAUAGACAACGUGCUAUGAAACGUUUACGCGUUCCACCUUUAGGAGAACAUCAAAGUCCAUGGACUACUUUUAAGGUUGGAUUAUUCUCUGGUAGUUUCAUUGUCCUAUUCGUAACAGUUGUACUUUCAGCUAUAUUUCACGAUGGCGGAGAAAACUUAAAAAUUGCAUUUAGAUUAUAUCGUGGACCUCUACUUAUUAUACAAUUUUUAUUUCUUAUUGGUGUAAAUGUUUAUGGAUGGCGAUCGUCUGGUGUGAACCAUGUAUUGAUAUUUGAAUUAGAUCCACGAAAUCAUUUAUCUGAACAACAUCUUAUGGAAUUAGCUGCAGUUCUUGGAGUUAUAUGGACUCUUAGUUUAUUAAGCUUUUUGUACAGUGCUAGCUUAAGCAUUCCACCAUACGUAAAUCCAUUAGUUUUAGUUUGUAUCAUGUUAGCAUUUUUAUUAAAUCCGUUAAAAAUGUUUCGCCAUGAAGCACGAUUUUGGCUAUUAAAAAUAAUCGGAAGAGUUUUAAUAUCGCCAUUCGCAUAUGUAAAUUUCGCUGAUUUUUGGUUGGCGGAUCAAUUAAACAGUAUGGCUACAGCAUUAUUAGAUUUCCAUUUUUUAGCGUGUUUUUAUAUUACCAAUGGAAAUUGGUUAGAGGCAGGAGAUUCCACGCAAUGUAUGUCUGGAUCCUUAAUUGUUAGACCUAUUGUUAAUUGUCUACCUGCAUGGUUUCGUUUUGCACAAUGUAUUCGACGAUAUCGUGAUUCCAAAGAAGCAUUUCCACAUUUAGCUAAUGCUGGCAAAUAUUCAACUACAUUCCUUGUUGUAAUAUGUAAUACUAUGUGUGCUUAUCGUGCUGUGGAAUAUCAAACUCGUUGGGAAAAUCCAUGGUUGUGGCUUUGGAUUAUUAGUUGUAUUGUCAAUUCAAUUUAUUCAGUAACUUGGGAUUUGAAAAUGGAUUGGGGUUUGUUAGACAGCAAUGCUGGUGAAAAUAAAUUUUUACGCGAAGAAGUUGUAUAUUCAGCAGCUGGAUUCUAUUAUUUUGCUAUAAUCGAAGAUUUUAUAUUGAGAUUUGCAUGGAUUGCGAGUUUUGUUCUUAUUGAAUGUGAAUAUGUAUCCAGUGAUUUAAUGACAUCUAUAGUAGCACCUCUAGAAGUUUUUAGACGGUUCGUUUGGAAUUUCUUUCGAUUGGAAAACGAACAUUUAAAUAAUUGUGGUAAAUUUCGCGCUGUUCGUGAUAUAUCGAUAGCACCGAUAGAAAGUUCUGAUCAGACACAAAUUUUGCGUAUGAUGGAUGAAGAAAAUGGUGUACUUAAUAGAGGUAAACGCAAAGUUGGUGGUAAAAGACAAGCUAAUACCAAAGAAGAUAAACGAACAUUACUCAAAGAAGAAACGAUUGAUAUAGAUAUAUCAAAUGCUAGUUGAAAUUAAUUUAAUUUUUUUAUUCAUUGGAA